UUUUUUUUUUUCCUGCCGGAUUAAAAUAAAUGAAUACUAAUUAAAGCAGAGAGCUCGUUGACCGCAGCCAUGAGAGCAGUGACCCUCCGAGGGGUGUGAGAGGUAAAGCCGGGGAUUUAGGGCAGUGCCCCGGUAGCCCUCCCUGGGAUGAUGCGGCGGGGGGGUCCCCGGGAUACCGCUCCCACUGGCCGGGGUAUGAGAGGCUGCACCGGCCGAGAUGGCUAGCGGCGGCUCUGGUUCCGCCCGGUCUUCCCUGCCCUCCGGAGUGGCCCCGGGCGGCUCCCAGCCCCGCAGGAAGUUGCUGACUAUCUGCGAGCAGUGCAAGGCCAAGAUGCAGCUGGUGGCCGACCUCCUCCUGCUGUCCAGCGAGCCCCGGCCUGUCAACCCGGAGAACAACAUGCAUCUGGGUGAGGCUUUUGAGAAGUGCAGAGACACAGUCAUUGCCCGAACCAAGGGCCUCUCCAUCCUCACCCAUGAUGUCCAGAGCCAGCUCAACAUGGGCAAGUUUGCAGAGGUCGGCGAGAGCCUGAGGGAGAUGGGCGACCUGGUGGUGUCGUUGAUCGAACUGUCCGCCCAUGCUGCGUAUUUGGCUGCUGUGGAGGUGCCAGGCUCGCAGGCGGCGCUGCCCGGCUUGGUGGACCGCUACAAGGUGACCCGGUGUAGGCAUGAGGUGGAGCAGAGCUGUGCCACCCUCAGGACGGUACCUUUGUCGGAACUGACUCCGCAGUUGCUGCUAGAAGUCUCCCAGAACUUGUCGAAGAACCUCAAGAUUCUCACAGAUUCCAGCGUCUCCGCCAGCGAAAGAUCGAGGGACAAGUUUGCCAGAGAGCAAUUUAAGUUGGGAGUCAAGUGCAUGAGUACCAGUGCCACCGCUCUUUUGGCCUGUGUGAAGGAAGUGAAGACAUCCCCUAGUGAGCUCUCUAGGAAUCGCUGUGCCCUUUUCAGUGGACCCUUGGUACAGGCUGUCCAUGCCUUAGUAGGGUUUGCCACAGAGCCUCAGUUUCUGGGUAAAGCUGCCAUCCUGAAUUCAGAGGGCAAAGCAGUACAGACUGCCAUUCUAGGGGGUGCUAUGAGUGUGGUGUCUGCCUGUGUGCUCCUGACCCAAUGUCUCAGGGAUAUAACCCAACACUCUGAUAGCAGUAGCAAAAUGACAGACUACAAGGACAGAUUGAGAAGCUCUGCUUGUGCCGUUUCCGAUGGGUGCAAUUUGCUGUCUCAGGCACUGAGAGAGAGGUCAUCUCCUAGAACUCUACCGCCAGUAAACUCAAAUUCUGUGAAAUCACCCUAAACAGGGUUGCCCCCUUCACUUUACCAAAGAAUGUUGAUUUCAAGUUACUCCUUUUAGAGCUUGAGGUGAGCCUGAAAUCUGAAUUGGGCUCCCAAAGAACUGGAGGUGUACACUUGUCAUAAUGCCAGAGUGUGUAGGCAGAAAUCAAGAGGAUUGGUGUGAAUCCGUUUUAAAUUGAAAGUAUAAUUGCGCCUGUAAUGGCUGUUGGUGAGAGGAGAUUUUUAUUUUAUUUUUUCUAAAUUUUGAUAGAAAUAUUAAAACUAGUUUAAUUGAAUCCAUGGGAUGCGUUUCAACAAUCCCAUAGGUAUACGAUAAAAGCAACCACUCCAAAUAUAUAUUCAUUGGUAUAGAUCUAAUUUAUUUGGAAGUA